AGACCACAAGGAUCCGUGCUUGCGCAUGACGAGAUCUUCAAUUUCGCCCCACGAGCACGCAAAAGUUAUGGACCACAUGGGCAGCCGGUACUAGCAGCCUGAGAAAUCGCUUGGAAGCUGCUCCGAGGAUUGAAUCACCCGAAGACCAGGAUGGCCGACUCGUAGCCUCUUUCAUCGCCAGACAGACUUAUACGGGGCACCGCGCUAGGAAGACGCGCGCGUUCGCAUUUCCGCCCCACACGAGUUGCCUGCUUAAACCGGGUCCUCGUCCUGAAAAUGGCAGCUCCCAGACCUCCGAGAGGGCGGCGUCGGCGCAGCACGACAAUGCCCAGUCGUGCACACAAGUGCGCAAAUUUUUCGCACCAGAACUUGCUGCCCAAGAAAACUACAGCGUCCACCCUCGCGACCUUUCUCCUUCUCCUCCCCCUCUCCACCCUCGUCCGAAAAGUCGCCGCCUGGAAAUUCGCCAUUGACCCGGUGAAGCGGGCUUCGAUGCACGAGAUGUUCUACUCACUAAACUUCCCUCCACCCUGCAACAAUUCCGAGCCGGACACGAUUUUCCAGCCCCACUGCGUCCCGAACUUGAGUAAUUGGGUGCACGAGUACGCGCCGUGCGAGUAUUUCGGGUUUCAGUACUCCAUGGAGUGGUUUUUCGCCCAUGUCUUUGACGAAAACCGGCAAUUUGAAGCGCCGACCGCCGAGGACGCGAGCUUCAUUUUUUUUCCCCACUGCGUUUCCCGGGUGUAUUUCGUGUUCAAACUCGAUCUCGGGAUGGAGCACUGGGCGGCGAUCGCGAAAGCGGAGGCAGACUAUUUGGUCCCCCUCCUCCGGUGGACGCGGCUUCACCCGCUACACCAGAAAUUCAACGGGAAAAAUUUCUGGACGGUGUUUUCCAUGGACCUCGGGCGCCAGGACUUCCAGCGCGCCGCCCCGUAUUUGCAGGAGUGGUCCGUCGGGCAACUCGCGGGGCACCCGGAGUGGAUCCACAAACACUUCUACACGGGCGCGGAGCAGUAUGAAAGUGCACAACCCCCCCUCCCCCUCAUUUGUGUUGCAUGAGCAGCAAGACACACGGAUCCUGUGCAUGACAAAUUCAUGCGCGUAGUGUAGUAUUGUUUGGGCUUCCGGAAAAAUCUGUCAUGCAAACAGUGCCACAGGGAAGCACUUGGAUUUGCGGUUUUGCAUGACAAAUGAGGGGGAGGGGGAGUUGUGCACUGUCAUAAGCAGCCGAGUUUCACGAAUCACCACCCGGAUUCGUGUUGGAAGAUCGACACGGAACACGUAGUUGUUGCGAAUGAGAUUUUCCCCGACCGUAUCCUACGUAAAAACGGGGCCCACACCCCAUAGUCAAGAUGGAGAAUCUGCUAGACAAAUCAACAAGUUUUGGGUGUUUUGCAUGACAAAUCCGGACUCGUAGUGUAGUGUUGUUUGAGCUAGCUGAGCAGCAUCACAGAUCUAGUAUACCAUGCUGAUUGGAGCAUGACAAAUUUUUCCAAAACACGACCAGAAAAUGCUUCUCAUGGGGCUCCGCAUGAGAAACAUGCUCAGCAUGCAGAUUUGCAUUACAAGAACUAUGGGGUGGGGACGUUUUUAAAUACGAUAGACCGGGUCCAAUACUGGUACGACACGGUGAUCUCGAUCCCAACCAGGUUCACGAAGUCAACUGCGAGUAUGAACUAUCCUGUGCAAAAGUAUCGUACUUACUCGUAUUGCAAUCAUGCACUACAAAUCUCUCUCUUAGAGCAAAUCAGCAUUACAAAUUUUACUUCUCAUGCUGAGGAAAUUUGUGAUGCAUUUAUACGAGUACGAUACUUUUGCAGUUCAUAUGAACCCCUAUGGCCGGGACGUCGACCUGUUUUUCGCAGGGUCGCCGAACAGCUGCGCGCGACGAGAAGCGGUGAAGCAACUGGAGCACGUGGAGAAUUUCAAGGUGAUGAACUUCACGAAGAACAACGAGGAGUACCAGGACUUGAUGUAUCGUUCGAAGUUCUGCAUGGUGCUCUGCGGGUCGUCGCAUACGAACAACGUCAGGAUGAUCGACGUCAUGGUGCACGGCUGUAUCCCCGUCAUCGUUUCCGACGAUUUCCAGCCACCACUGGACCAAGUUGUCCCCUGGACGAAGUUCGCGGUCUUCCUUCCGACGUAUAAAAUCCCGGAAAUACCAAACAUCUUGAAAUCAAUCAGCGAUCAGGAUAGGUAUAAGAUGCACCGGUAUUUGGUCGGGACCGGAAAAGCGAGUCUGGACGAGGUGUCCGCGGCCGAUAUCUUCGACUGGCAGAGCGGAAUUUUCUUCAUGGCGUUCUUCUUUGACAUACGGAGGAAAUUGGGGAGAAGGAUCGGGUUGUUCGACAGAGAACAAGAAGCAGACAGAAACUCGAAAUUCUUUCUACUGGACAACAGUGAUAAACAACUCCCCCAGCCGUCGAUCGAAUCGGAGCUGUUCUUGCAGUCUGUGGGGACGGAAAAUGUUUUGCCGGCGUGGUACCACGGGUCAAAGGCAUCGCUUUCGGCUGCGACGACGCGUAGAACAAGUACUGGCGCCUUUAGAACUGGCAGUAAGAGAAAGACUACAGCCGCCGAUUCUUCUGAUACAACAGAUGAUGCCGGUAAUAUGCAGUGCAACUGCGACGACAGCGACGAGGAGAACCACACCUCCCGACAGUCCAGCGAGCUUUUAUUCGGCGGCAACACGGUGUCUGAAUACCUUCCUGCAACGGGUAGUACAAGCCAAUUUCAGGAGGAAGAGGGCGAGGAGGGAAAUAAAUCAAGAAAUACCGCGACGGAAAGUUCCCACGACCUUGUAGAUGACGAAGCGCUGUUUCAACAAGAAGACGCCGACACCAACCCCGCAGCGGCCUUUAUCGCGAGGAAUCCGCUCCCGGAGGACGAUGUCCUGUCUCUGCCUGACGAAGGGAAGAAAUAUCUUCCGAUCAUGUCGGUUGCAGAAACGAACCAGAUGCUGAAAAGACGGAAAUUGAUGUUCCACGAGCUGUAUCAAAUGUAAAAAUGUCUGGGUCUGCAAGAUUGCCGGCUUUGUCAUGCACAUUUUGCAUGACUCCUCAAGUCUGUGAUGCAUGCCCUAGCAUCAUAGAUUUUUAGAGGGCUUCCUGAUGCCUAUUCCGCAUGACAAAUGCUCUUUCCGUGCUGCAAAAUUUGGUCUCUUUGCUGUUCAUGCAAUACAGAUUUUUUUGGAAUCCAAAUGUAGCAUCACAAGUUCCGACCUUCCAGAGCCAGACCCAGACAUUUUUGCAUUUGAUAAGCUGGGAAAAAUCCGGUGGUACGAAUACCUCUCUAGCUACUGCGACGAGGAAUCCGGCUGUAUCAACGGUCGGGACCGGUUAGACACGAACUUCGCAACGGCCAACCUCGGCUGCGCGGACGCGGAAACGCUCUUACCGGUGUUGGCGUAUUUGUAUGAUCUGCUGAAGAGAAGGUUCGAAUUUACCUCCAGCUCCAUUGGGAAUAAGGAAAUCACCAUCCUCCCCGGGCUCUUCGUCGACGGCGGCGCAAACGUCGGGAAAUCGACCCUCGCGUGGUUCUAUCAAAUGUAAAAAUGUCUGGGUCUGGAAGAUUGCCAGGUUUGUCAUGCACAUUUUGCAUGACUCCUGAUGUCGGUGAUCGUGAUGCAUGCCCUAGCAUCACAGAUUUUGUGAGGGCUUCCUGAUGCCUAUACCGCAUGACAAAUGCUCUUUCCGUGUAGCAAAACUUGGACUCUCUUUGCUGCUUAUGCAAUACAGAUUUUUUUAGAAUCCAAAAGCAGCAUGACAAGUUGGAUUCUUCCAGACCCAUACAUUUUUACAUUUGAUAGGUUCAACAUGCUGGGGCGCUUGGGGCAGCACAUUUACAGCAAGUCGCUGAAAAAUGUGAAGGACUGCAUCGUCUGCCCGGUUCAUUACUCCGUGGACCUCGCAGUCUUGUCGAUUGAGCCGAACCCGCGAAACUUUAAGUCGCUGUUGAAGCACGAUUUUGUGACGCACAACGAGCUCUUCGCGUGGUACGGCAUCGAAGCGGGACUAGGGGAGAAGGAAGGCGUGCAGUGGAUGGCGACGAACCCGGAGUUCGCGGUGGACGAAAUUGGAUCACUGCUCUUCGAUGAGACCACGGACAUACGAACGGCGAGAGACCAAGUGCACGUCAUAACUCUAGAAACGGCGAUCCAGCACGGCGUUUUUCAUUUCAGCUACCAUAUCCCACAGAAAAAAAGCAGGCAGACCAGAUUUGUAAAUGCAAAGAUAAAUACACAGAAGGGCGGCCUCAUAGCAUGCUGCUUAGGAUUGUAUGCAAUACAGUUCUUUUUGUGUAUUCCUUUUCGCAUUACGAUUACAAAUAUGACCUGCCUGCUUUUUUCUGUGUGAUAUACCACCGCGGCGGAUGGACGUCGAGAAGAAAUCGGAAUCACCAGCGGGCCGGAAAAACGCCGUCGUGGGACGACGAGCAAUUUUUGGCGGAAAAAGCGAAAGAAGCAACAGAAAGGCUGGAGGCGGAAGCGAAAGAAAAGGAAAGUGGGGGGGAGGUAUUGUUGUACUUGGUUUUGGCGAAUAGAGAAGUAAAAAUCCAACAAACAUUGGUAAUGUUAGAUUAUUUCGCCUUUUGGAUCGAGCAUCUUCGUAAAAAAGCAAUGCAACUAAAACUAUCAUUCUAGAAGCGGAGGUGCCUGCUAGUGGCUGGACGACUCGCUCGCGAUAGCAUUAUCUUGGAAAGUUCACAAAAUAGGUAGAAUGAGAACGUCGUGAACAUCAUCAUGAAAAAAAAAUCAGGCCGAAGACCCCAUGUUUUAGCUAGCUUGUCAGCAACAGUGCUCUAAUAGGUAAGUGAGUAUUGACGCGGAGGAGGGCGGGGCGCAGAGGGUUCUUUUGUGGCUGGCGUUUUCACUUAGAAAGCGCCGGGCGCGCGCAAUAUUUUGCUCCAUUUUCCGGAUUGCUUUCUCCGUGCAGCCGUUUGCCGCUAUGGCCUGGGUUAGGGUGUGAGGCUGCAGACGCCCCACGAGAUGUCUACACAGGCCCUGGCAUCGUCGUCUCUAGCGGGUACCACACGCAUAUGUUGGCCGCGAAGGCCUUUCCGGAGGCCUCCCAAAAAGGGAGGGCCGGAGGGGUGCCCGGAACCCUAAAAAAAAGCCUAUCGCUUUUUCUUCGAAUCACGAUGGUGCUACCCCUCCCCAAAAGGGGUCCCGGAACCCCUCCGGGAAGCCUUUCCGAAAGGCUCUCUGGCUUUUCGCAUUUUCAAGAACGAGCCGCAAAGGCAAAAGGCGCGCGCGCCUGCCGGAACACGCGCGCACGGCUGCGCGACAUUAGAAACAAGUGGAAACGCAGCCGCGGCCGGUUGCAUUUGCGCCCUUGGCUCCGACCGACCUGCACAGAUUGAGGCCCAUUGUCUAGCGGCUGGACCGCAGGAGGACCUGCUGCAGCACCUCCAGGCUGCAGGGGCGCUCCGAGGCAAGUCCGUGGAGCAGCAGCGCCGGAUAGCUCCGACUUUAGCCACUGAGAAGUGCUGCGAAGAAGCUAGGUAGUUCAUUCGGUGUGCAAUGUAGCGGGAGGCUAUAUGCGUGCAACAUGAUGGAUAUCAAAUACAAAAAAAGGCGCGCGGAAAAUUUUUUACUGCUUGAGGCAAAUACAACGUUGACGACCCCAUAUCUUGGAAAACUUUCACGGUUCGGUUUGAAAACUUCGGAGAGAGCACAGGUCACAGGUAGGACCGACAACUCACAGAUGAAACUCAUAAUAAGGAAAACAAAAACAGCGACGCUCUCCGCGCGAUUCAAUCAAAAACUCAGUGUCCCGGGUUUUGGAACACACCAAAGAUAAGGAGAACAACACAUACCACGGUUAAACAGCUGCCCCAUCGGCCCUAACUUUUACCUUUUUCGAAAACGUUAACAAAUCGAAGAGCCUCUCCAAUUGGGGCCAGUCGUUCUUCAAUUCCUCCUUGAACAAGAAAAGCAUCAUGUUUGCUGGCUUUCAGCGCUUUGUGGGGAUUCGGAAACGCGAGCCACUUCUUGAGAAGCCGGUGCGCGACAUGACUCGCGAACUUGCCAAGCCAGGAGCGCUUGACAAAGUCGAAGAAAAACACGCAAAGUUCAAGCUGCGUGAAGAUGCGUGCGCGAGGGCCGAACAGGUCCAACCGGUCGGGGAAAACGCGACGAAUAUCUGCAAAGGGAAGAAUCUCACUCUAAUGGGAGACAUCGCAGAAAAAGUCAACUUCGAAGACAGCUACAUUUUGGACGAACUGUUGCCCGUGGGGGGCGACGCUGUCGGAAAGCCCCAUCUAAACCCGCGCUGGAAGAAGAAGGACCCUCCUGUCAAGGAGCCCGACCUUCUUCCACACGAAGUGCCGCGUGGUUUGGAGCUUUUCGACAGAGAGCCCCCGGCGGAGGAGGAUGCCAAACUGAUCCAAGAAGGCGUUGAUCAGGAAGUUAGCGAUGGAUGGCUAUCCGGACCCCAUUUUCGAGGGGAGGCCACUGUUCAGGACGUUUUCAGCAACCGCUUCGUCCUGUCCCAGCACGGAGGCGCCAAGAAAAGGGGCGUAGAUGAUUGUACCAGCGUGAACAUGCAUCUGUGGCAGAACGAGAUCACCAAUAGACAGGUCGACUGUUUUUGCGACAAUGCAUCACACUAAUUGGGUCGGGGGUGAAAAACACGGAAUCGCAUUGAGGCUUUUGGCUUCUAAUUCUCGACAGCGAUGCUGAACAUAUAGAACUUACCUCGCUGUUCUAUUUUCAUUCGAACUCGUUGUCCGUUGUUUAUAUGUCGCUCACGUAGCAGUAGAAACAUCCUUUUAAUGAACGCAAGCAAUAUGCUAGAAGCUCUACGACAACGCAAGAUAGAUGAGCGCCGCAAGGAGGUGAAUUGGGACAGGGCGCGAGCAGUAACCAAGCGAAUUAGUAGUGCUGGAGGUGUGCCGAUGGCAGAUAGAGCGCACUUGGAAAGUUCACAAAAUAGGUAGAAUGAAAACGUCGUGAACAUCAUCAUGAAAAAAAAAUCAGGUCGAAGACCCCAGCGCCGGUUCGCAAAACCAGCAAGAAGAGGAAACGGACAACGUUUACGGCAUCACGUUUCCCGUGGAGCGCCCGGUUUUCAUGCUGAAGCUGGACAUUGAGGGCUACGAGCCCCUGGUGAUCCGACAGAGCAAGCGGCUUUUUCAAGAGAAGCAGAUCAAGUUUCUCGUGCUGGAAUACAGCAAAAACGCGUGGCACGAGUCCCUCCGCCCGGUGAUCGCCUUCCUGGACACGGUCGGGUACUUCUGCUUUCUGAUCACGAGAUCGGAACUCUUCCCGAUCAGCUACGACUUCUGGUCCGAAGACUACGAGAACCCAGUGUGGUCGAACGUGUUCUGUUAUGCAUUGCAAAAGCAUCGUACUUGUAGUAAUCGCAGUCAUGCAUUACAAAUCUCCAUCCCAAGGCAAAACAGCAUGACAAAUUACAUUGGUCAUGCUGAGCCAAUUUGUAAUGCUAAUGCUAUUACUACGCACUAGUACGAUACUCUUGCAGUUCAUAUCUGUGGCAUUGACGGCGACGAGGAUUUGGACCUUUUCGUCAAGCUCUACCACGCCAGCCCGCAGGAAAUCGACGUGACACAAAGAGGGGAGCGGGAGGAAAUGGAAAAAGAAAGAAGUGCUGCAGGAGCAGCAACGUCUCCGACAGGACGAGAGAAGAUCACCGGCACAGUAGGCGAGCAGGAAAUAAAUGAUGAGAAUUUUGUCGAUGACCACACGAAAAUCAUCCCGGACGGUUGGACCGUCCACCGCAAUCAGUAUCUCCUCACGUAUACGCACUGCAAAAAUGUUUGCGUCUGGAAGGGUGGAACUUGUGAUGCUGUUUUUAGAUUCUAAAGAAAUCUGUAUUGCAUGACCAGCAAGAAGAGUCCAGUUCGUGCUACGCGGGGAGGGCAUUUCUCAUGCGGAAAAGUCAUCAGGAAGCCCGCUAAAAGUCUGUGAAGAUGCUAGGUCAUGCAUGACAGCCAUCAUGGGUCAUGCAAAAUACGCAUGACAAACCUGGUAUGAUCCUUCCAGACCCAGACAUAUUUGCAUUCCAUAACCUACACGCACCUCACCACCGCCGCAAACAUGUAUUCCCUGAAGCGCGCAAAGCAGCUGUGUGCAAAGCUGGAUCCAAAAAUCUGCGGCGGGGUGACCUGUAUCCGAUCGGAUUUUAACACGCAAGAUUUACUCGUGAAAGAGCACCGCAGGAAGAAGGAGCGCGCACCGCUGCACAAAUUCCAAGACCGACUCGUCUGCACGCUGCGGGUGGGAGCGGAAGGACCGCUUGGGCCGAGUCCGACGAGAGAAAUUUCCUUUUUACGGCCGCCAGUCGCAGCGGCGAACCGGACGCACCCGUUCUUACUGUGGAGGAAACGGCACGAGAUCUUUGACCCGUAGUGGCGUUGAUGUUCCACCGCCUAUAUUUUCGACCCUUUACAUAGUUCGUUAUUGUUUCCUAUGUGGAGCACGGGUUAAUAGCCUAAUUAUUGAGAUGAUACGUCGUAGUACAUUACGACCCUGGUUCUUGUUCUUACGCAAAAAUGAAAAUGUCCAAACCAUCAGUUCUUGCAAUCAUGUGUUGAAAAAAUCUACUGACUAUGGGAGGUCUAGACCAUUACACUUCUCUUUCAAGCCAAUACAAGAGCAUAGACUUCAUCGACCCAAGAGGAUUCGGAGGCGAAGAGGAUGAUAAGUGAAUCAAUAAGUAUCUGACCACGCGGUUAACGUUCUUGGAUCAGGAUUUUUAGUACGAAGUUUCGUUUGUUGUGAACUUCUGUACAAGUACAACUAGGGAAGUAGCAAGAUUGCACUUUAAUAAAUGCGGAAGAAGUUGCACCAAAGAAUUUUUUGAUAUGCUGGUCUAUCAGAAAUAGAUUCGAAUUGUGUCCACAACGAUGAACAAAGAUCACGGUAGUUUGGUCUUGUCGGUGAUUUGAAACAAUAAAUCCAACGAAAAUAAAAUGAAACGGAUCCAAUUUUUGCCGUGCAAAUCUUGCGAAGAUCUACACGGACGCAUGCGCACCUUCGGUCGGCACAGGCAAGGAC